UGUCGGUAAUCGAAGGAACGCGUUACUUGCAAUCGUUCAAUCCCAUAUGUAACGGCUGUACGUAUGUACACUCUCUAUACAGUAUGUAUAGAGAGUCGCAACGUGUAUCAAACUAGCGUCAGGCUGUUCACCUGUAUGUAUUAGAUCAGAUCGAGAUAGAUGCGAUACAGUUACGCAAAUUGAGAGCUCGAUGUCACGCGACUCCUUGAAGCACUCCUAGGAUUACCUGACCCACAUGAACGAAACGCGCGAACAGUACACCGUCAAUGUGAUCCAUCUCCACUGCGAUUACCGCUUGCCACGACUCCAAGAUUUCGUAGCUCAAUGUCGCAACGAUACCAAUUAUUGGCUUACAUUAGUACCUAUCAGCUAACCCGUGAUCUUGCGCUUACAAAGUACAUACGCACAUAUAUCAAAAGUAUUAUAUUUCUUUCUUAGCAAUCUAGUUGCCGUCUUACCGUAAUUAGGACGAUAUAAUCCGAUAUUUUAUCACAGGUUAUAUUCAUCACCGAUUUUUAACGAAUUCUUCGCAAUAUCACUUCGAUUAAUAUCGAAUAUCACGACAUUGCGAUAAAAUCUUUCAAUCAUAAGUUAUUGCACCGAUUUAAAUGCGUUACGAGUUAUUCACCGUUGACCUAAUAAUAUGUAUGGACUUUAGCGAUAUUUUAGUUGGCAAAAUAUAAAUCCCGAUUAGACGUAGUGGAAGGUCAAUAUCUUUUUCCUCAAGAAGAAUGUCAUUUUCUCAUAUGGUAUAUCCUCCAAUUCUCUACACGUUAUCAUACAUAUAUAUGCUUAUUCAGACGCGCACUAUUAGAAUUACUAACUUUAUUACAGACAAUAACGAUAGAAACGUUUGUUACUGCGAACGUUAUUGCAAAUGUUAGUUUGUUAGGCUAAUUUGUACAAGUUUCAACAUGCAAUGCGACAAUGCAAUGCGACGAUGCAAUGCGACGAUGAAAUGCGCCGAUGAAAUGCGACAAUACAAUGGAAUAUGGAUGAAAUGUAAAAGGAGAAAUAUUGGAUGAAUUGGUAAAUAUUUGUUAACAGUUUCAUUAAGAUAUUAUUAAGAAAUUAUGAAGAUAUUAUGAAGAAAAUAUGAAGAAAAUUCGGACGUCAGGAAUGAUUUUGUUUCGGAUAAAGUUAACGAGAUCCAUUACAUUCACCAAAGUCCCCACAAUCGAUAUGACAUAUGUAUAUUUAUGCGAACGUAAGUUUGGCGCAGUGGGGUAGAGGUACUAUCGAAGAAAAGCCGAGGGCGGGGUCAACCGAUGCCAAUAGGUAUAAAAUCCUCGCUGGCGAAAAGCAGCGGCACGCAGUUGUUACACAGAUAUUGGAACAUCAUUGCCUCUUCCGCCAUCAUGGAUUUUAAAAUUAUUGGAUACUUGGCUGCUAUUCUAACUGUAGGCCGUGCAGGAAUAAUAGGACAGAGCGCAGGACUAAUCGCCCCCGCUGGGACCGCGGUAGCAGCAGCACUUCCACCAGCUGCGGCUGCUGUAGUCAGAACGGAAAAUUACGAUCCGAAUCCUCAAUACAGUUUUAGUUACAGCGUGGCCGAUGGUCUUACGGGUGACAACAAAGCGCAGGAAGAAACUCGUAACGGCGACGUUGUUCAAGGUAGUUAUAGUUUGAUAGAGCCAGAUGGUUCGCGUCGAGUGGUCUCGUAUGCUGCCGAUCCUAUCAACGGUUUCAACGCUGUCGUUCAGAAAGACCCUAGCAUCACGGUCAAGACUGCGGUCGCUGCGGGACCGGCAGCCGUGCGACCCGUUGUCGCAUCUCCUGUGCUUGCACGACCAACAUCGGUAAUCGCUGCAGCCUCACCCGCUGUAGCCGUUCGUCCACAGGCGGCCCUGUUAGGCUCUCCCCUAUUGAGACAACAGUUGUUAGCAGGGCCAACGGUAGCUGCUACAAACGUAGUCACCGCGAACACGGGACUGGUAGGACUUGGCGUCGGUCUUGGACUAAGACCAGGUUCUCUUUAUGGUACGCAAGCUUUGCUGACGGGUGCUUAUGGUACCGGAGGCAUCGUCAAGGUUCAUUAAAUACCGCAACGGGAUGCAACUCAACUCGGCUUGAUUCGAUUUCAUUCAACACGGCAUUAUUUCGUUUCUCCCCACUCUUUUUUACUCCACUUUGCUCUAACAUA